GAUUGUCGGGCGUGUGACGUCACUAGCCCGCGACUAGCACCAAGAGCAAAAUAAAAGCUAGUUUAGCUGAAACACUUAAACAAUCACGCGACAGAAAUGUCUUUAGGGCGACUUCUCCGUGACUUGAACAUUAAACGUGACACCGAGGACGUCAGCGUGGUUUCUGUUCUUCGUGAGAUCCGGGAACGCCUUGAGGACAUUAAUUGUGACCAUGUGAACAUCCUGAGGGUCACAGCUGAGGUGCUGAGGCUCAGCUCUCUGUCCUGGAUGUUCCCUGAGUUCAGCUCGUGUUUACGGAGCACUUAUGUGGACCUGGUGAUGUCCUGCACUCAGUACGCAGCUUUGCCUCUGUGUGACUCAGACAGUGGGACUUUAGCAGAGAGCAGAUACGAACAGAUCCCAGUCAAAGCCCUGGCUGUGGGGGAAACCCUCCUGGUGCUGAUCUCUCGGCUCACAGAGGCGGUGACAUGUGGAGCUUCAGGCUCAGAAUCUCUGGUUCACACACUCAGCCCUGUGCUGUGUGUCUUCUCCGUCACACACAUACAGAAGCACCCGUGGACUGAUGAGUUGUCCAGGAGAUGUGCUCUGGAUCUUCUACACCACACUGUCACAGCUGCUGGAAGCCUCUCAGUGCAGGAGCUGCUGUGUGGAAAUGAUGGAGCUUCAAACACUGGGAUCCUGGGAUCCAUCCUGGACUCGCUGCAGCCUGACAUGACCAAGGAAAACUGGAAGAGAAACGAAGCGAUGAAACACGUCUUCUCCUGGCUGCUGGUGCAGGUCGGCCGUCCCUGUUUAACCCGCUACUUGGACAAGGUCUUCCCUCCUUCUCUGCUCAUAUCGGACGACCACCGCACGGAGAACAAGGUCCUCGGAGUGCACUGCCUUCAUCACAUCGUCCUUCAUGUGCCUGCUGCUGAUUUGAGGCAGUUUAACCGAGCUCAGGUGCUCUACGACGCUCUCUACAAUCAUCUGUACACGUCUGAAGCGCCUCUCAUACAGGUGGUUUUACCAUGUCUUAUAGAUUUACUCUCGGUCCUCGAGAACCCUCUUAGCAUCUCAGGAUCACCCAGAACUCCAAACCGCCACGACAGUGUUCUCCGGCUCGUAUUAACACACAUGGAAAUGGAGCACAAACUUGCACUGCGCCGGAUCUACGCCAGCAACCUACCGAUGUUCAUCAAAAAGAUGGGGAUAGGCAUCGCUCGGCACCUGAAGAGGCUGGAGAGGGUGAUCGUGGGAUACCUGGAGGUCUCAGAUGGACCGGAAGAGAAAGCCAGGCUCAGCAUUCUGGAGGUGUUAGAGAGGACGAUACAGGUUGCCUGGCCGAGGAUGGAGUGCAGGCUGUCUCUACUAACCAGAAGCUUGCUCAGGUUCCUGGUGGACGUCUCUGCAGAGUCUCUGUCUCCUGAGAUCACAGAGGAGCUGUUGAAGCGAGCGUCACGCUGCCUCCUCCUGCUGGACCGAUGCUCACAGGGCAAACUCAGGGCGGAGCUGAACGAGGUGAACAGCAGCGGUGUGUGUGAGCGAGUGUUACGGUGCAUCCGGGAGGCGACGCAGGCCGAGUGUGUGUGAGCUGAAGCCAGAAGGAGCUCGAACCAAUACACAGCAAAAUCCUCGUCAUGACAUCAUUAACAUCAGGAGGUUGGUUUUAACGGACAGACGAGUGAACGCAGUGGGACGUCUCCCAAACGUCCUGUUUUUAUUUCCGAA